AUGGACAGUCUAUGGCAGGAUCAGRAUUCGGGCGGUGGAUUUCAGUUGCCGGAGAGUCCAAGGAAGCCGAUGGAGUUCUURUCAAGGUCAUGGAGUGAUGCUACUCUUCAAGUCUCAAAAACUCUGCAUUCUCCGCCGUCACCGUUGAUUUCUAAGGCGGGAACAACCGCCACAAAUUUCAAUGUUCCGCCGGAGAACAACAGUGUUUUCGGCGUCGACGCAGCGGAUGAGUCUUCAACGACGACAGCGUCUUCACUUUCCGGCACAACGUUUUCGUUCGCUUCUUCUGCCACUUCACAGCUCGUGCUUGAACGAAUUAUGUCUCAAUCGGAUAUAUCGCCAUUAGCGUCAGGGAGGCUUUCACACAGUAGUGGACCAUUGAAUCCGUCGCACAUGGAGGAAAUCGAUAGUCCACAUAUCUCACCGUCCGACGAGUACGACGACGUCGUUAAGUUUUUGCGCGCCAACAAUACGCUGCAACCGUUGUUUGCCAACGGUCGGAGCGGGUACGGGGCGGGUGGGAGUAGCACCACCCCUGCCGGAAAGACGGUGGGACGGUGGUUGAAGGAGAGGAGAGAGAAGAAGAAAGAAGAGACUCGAGCUCAUAAUGCGCAGUUACACGCGGCGGUUUCGGUUGCUGGAGUGGCGGCAGCGGUGGCGACGAUUGCAGCCGCCACGGCGGCAGCAUCRGCGUCUAGUAAGGAUGAGCAAAUGGCGAAGACCAAUAUGGCGGUGGCCUCGGCCGCCACAUUGGUUGCCGCUCAGUGUGUGGAGACUGCGGAAGCGAUGGGAGCUGAACGUGAACACCUUGUUGCUGCUGUUAGUUCUGCGGUUAAUGUAAAAUCGCAUGGAGAUAUAUUAACUCUCACUGCGGCUGCGGCAACAGCUCUACGCGGUGCAGCGACCUUAAAGGCAAGGGCGUUGAAGGAAGUAUGGAAUAUUGCAGCGGUAAUACCAGUGGACCGAGGACUUAAAGAAAGCAAAAGCCAAGGAAAUAGCAGCGGUUCCUCCGAGCAGCUUCCGAUAGAAGAAAAUUUUCUCGGUAUCUGUAACCAAGAACUCCUAGCCAGGGGAAGCGAGCUUCUCAAACGCACUCGUAAUGGUGAUCUCCACUGGAAAAUCGUGUCUGUUUACAUCCAUCGAACGGGUCAGGUGAUGCUAAAGAUGAAGAGCAAACACGUCGGUUCUACCAUCACGAAAAAGAAAAAAAACGUGGUGUUGGAGGUGUGCAAGAACAUGGCGGCAUGGCCAGGGCGGCAUCUGUUUGACGGUGGAGAAGAAAGGCGUUAUUUUGGGCUGAAGACAAUCGGUCGUGGAUUGGUGGAGUUCGAGUGCAGGACACAAAGAGAAUACGAUAUGUGGACUCAAGGUGUUUCCAGACUUCUUUCCAUGGUAGAUGAAAGGAAGCCCACCAAGCAACCAUAAAUGGAACAGGAACAGGAACAAGUGUGGAGGUAAAUUGUAAUAAACUUUAUAAGCAUCUGGUUUUGAAUGCUCAAACUUAGCCUCAUAUUCCUACUUCUUGUGAUA